GGGUUAUAUAUCUUAUUACCUGCAGCUACAGCGCACGUGCUGUAUUUGGUUCCGCCAUUUUAUUUUACAACAUGUCUGCUCUCUAAUGGAAAGCAUGACGUGAAGUCAGCGGAUUAAGUUAAUAAUGGAGUCUGCCCAAAAGGGUUUUGAGUUUCUAGACUUCAGUAAUAUUGCUGAAGAUGAGGUCAAAGAAAUUCGGGAACUGCUGAAUCCAGCAAAUGGAGUCACAGUAGAACUACCUUGGGAAUUAACUCCAGAUGAAGUGAGUCCAGAAACCACAGUUACAGAAACUGAUGACAAUGUUGUUAACAGUGAAGCUGAACCAGAAACUGAAUUGGUACAAGUGGCUACAGAACAGAUGAUCUAUACUUCCACUCACUAUCCAUUUGUUGCAAAUGUUUCUCAUCCUGGAAUGAUGGCUAUCAAUCCUGCUUUUGUAACUCCUCCAGCAAUCAGUGUCACUAAUGUAAAUCACUUUGCCAAUCCGCAGCCAUACUUCUUACCCCGCACAGCUAUUCCAUAUCUUCGAGCAUAUGCCCAAGUUGGAGUACCUCUCAUUACUUUACCACAGCAGGGUGCACAGGAUGUUACUGUUAUUCCUCAACCACCCUAUCAUACACUUACUCCUGUACCUAAUCCUGUAGUUAAAGUUGAACCUGAAGCCAUUAGUGAAGGAAGGCAAAAGAUACGUAAUCACAAUGAUAAACAAUACGUUCGUCGUGGUCGGAAGAAGCUACUUGCCAAUAAUAGUUACUCCACAGAAGUCUCCAAUGCCAUUGACCCUUAUCAUCAAGGGACAAUAAUGGCCGAGACGACCACCAUACACAGUGACACUGGUGGAGAACAUCUUCCUCCAUCCAUGACCCAUACACCUCUUGUGCCUUUUUCAGCAUUUGCUGUAACUGGUGGAGCAUUACAUAUAGCUGCACCAACGCCAGGAUAUCAUCCAGGCAUAACUCCUUUGCCCUAUUCUCAUCUUCCCAGUCCUCAAACUCCCUCAACCCCUGUAUUCUAUGUUCCUGUUUACAAUCCACCAUAUGGAUAUAUCCAACAGCCUACCUCUGGUCAACCUGUACUCACUACUAUUCCUGCUGGCAUGCCUUGUACGCCUAACGGAUGUGGUACCAUGACUGGGGAAUCACUUGAUGCUUGUUCGGAUGCACAAAAUGAUGUUAUACAGACUGCUAAUCAAAAAAAUGUUAGUAUCAGGGAAUUGAAUGAUAAUGGGGAUGAACAUAAAAAGAAAUCAUCAGUGAGUGAAGAUGGUAAAAUGGAUGCAAAUAUACCAUCAGAAGAGGGUACUUCACCUGUGUAUAGUGAACAGACUGGUGUAGGACAAGAUACCCCUACUGAUCGUCUAACAAAUGACAUUUCUAGGUUAAAUUUAAAUGAAAAUGAUAUGAAAGGAAAUCUUUCAUUACAAGAAAAUGGUGGUUCUCUAACAUCGGAUAUAUCUCAUCGAUCAUGGGCUGACUUGUUUAGAAAUGAAGAAGAGAUGAUGGAUGCCAUCAAUGGCAUGGAUCACCCGUCCGAAACUUCAACUGGUGAAAUAAUUAACUGUGAAACUAGCAGAAUAAAUAAAAUAAAAAAUUCAAAUUCUCUACCACAUGAAGAUGAACUAGCUAAUAGUGAGAAAGAGACUGAUUAAUACAGGUUAACAAUAUAAAGUGUGAUGUCACGCAUAUUUGUUAUCGCUGCAUGUGCACUAGUUUUGGUCCAGUGUUUAUCUUAAUGUACACAAAUUGUUCACGCCUUUUAUUGAUUACUCAAAGAAUGUUUUAAAGGUUUUGCAAAUUAUCGUUUAUCACAACAACUGGAAAAUACCAUUUUGUGUUCCAGAUUAAAACAGGGAAGUUACAUUAAAUAUUUGUAGAAGUAUUAAAACAUUUUGAAUAAUUAUUGUAAUACUAAUAAUAUCAAUUAAGAAUUUUUAUCUAAAAUGUGUAUAUAGUACAAUACGAGAAUAGUUAUUGAAAUAUAGCUAUAAAUUACUACUACUGUCAAAUUUGAUAACAAAACUUUGCCUAAUACAGACAAGUUACGUAUUGCUGCUAACUAACAUAUUUGGUUUCGUAAUAUCUACAUUAUGAAACUGCAAAUUGGUCAAAGUCAGAAAAAUUUGUGCCGUUUCAGUGUAUUUGUGAAACAAUGUACACUAGUCAAUGUUCCAAUAGUGUAAAAAAUAUAUAUAUUAAUAAUAAUAAUUUCUAUGGGUUUUCUUAUUUUAAAUCUGGUUUUUGUCUGUAAUACGACUAAAUUUUGUGCUAAUAAACGAAGCUUUCUUUACAGAAAGCGACUAGAAAACUCCUCGAGAAAUAAUUAGUGACAUGUAACUCAUUAAUGCCGGUCGUGCGAACUAAGCGGAGCAAGUUAAUCAUGAUAAAUAGAACAGUUCUGGAAUUCAUCAUCUAAAUUUGUCUUAACUAUUGCCACCCUCUACUGUAUAUAUAUAUAUAUAUAUAUAUAUUAUACAUACAUACAUAUAUAUAUAUAUAUUAGCAGAUUGGAGAGUUUGAAUGCCCGUUAGUCUUUCAUUAUGAUAUGAAACAGCUAUGUAAAUAAAGUGGAACAUCGUCACCGUACUUCCAUGUUUUUGUUUUUUUCUUGAUUUUGAACAUUGCACAAUUUAUUUGUGCCAUUGACAGUGCUAGGAAAAAGUAGAAUUUCUAGAGAAUUUAUAUUAAGACAAAUUGACAAAUUAGUUAAAUUUUGUUAUCGAGAUAAAAAAAAAUAUUCAUAUAUCUGUUCAUGUUAAUAAGAAUGAGGGAGUAGUAUUUGCAGUCUACGUCAAUUUUAUUGUAUUAGCUGAUUUAAACUAUUGAAUGAAAUUUUUGUAUACUGGAGGAAUCUUGUACGAUUGUCGGGUGUCUUUUCCAGAAAUGGAUUCAUGUUUUCGUGUCGAAAAAUUGUAAUCAUAAGACUGUUAGAUAUUGUACAGAAUUGUGGAACAGGUGGUUUUUUCCCCCUUUGGUUAAGCGAAAAUCAUCAUCGCACCGAAGCAUUAUAGAAAUAUAAUUUUUAUGUAAAGGAGAAACAAAAUUUGGUCUUUACAAAUUAGGACGUAGGUAAUAGUUUAUUUUCAGUCUGUGUUUCAUCUAGCAUACUGUGUUUUUUUCUAAAUUUUCAUAACAAGGACGCCUGCCUAAGUUGAUUUUUAAAUUAGAUUUCUUUCAAAUGUUAGAUGUUCCUUGAAAAUCUGCUCACGCUUUUUUAAAUUUAUAUUAUUAUAUAUAUAAUGUGUCUACGAACAUCUACAAUGUUCGAAUAUAGCAAAUUGAGAACUAAAUAAAAUAAAACGGAUCACCGUU